AUGUUGGAGGGAGAUGCUCAGAAUUGGUGGCAAGAGUUGUGUCAUACCUUGCAGGUGGAGUUAACGGAUGUCCCUUGGAAUAGAUUCAAGACAGAGUUUUACGGUAAAUAUUUCUUGCAUGCAUUUCGCACUGCAAAGGAAUUGGAGUUAAUGCAGAUGAAGCAAAAUGAUAUGUCCGUUGCUGACUAUACCCGUGAAUUCGAUAAUCUGUGUCGUUUCUCAAAAACUUGUCAAGAAAAUCCAGCCGAUUAUGAGGAAUGGAAGUGUGCUCAGUAUGAGAAAGGACUAAGGAGGGAUAUCUUUAAUUACGUGUAUCCUCAAAAGCUAACAAAUUUCACUGAGUUGGUUAGGAAGAGCCAGCUCGCAGAGGAUUGCUCCAUGAAGUGGACACUGCUACAGGAAGGCUUUGGUGAGACUACUCCAGAGGAGCCACGCAGGUACGGACUAGGAAUGUGCUUUCGAUGUGGAGCACCGGGACACAUAUCCAGGGAUUGUUCGCGUGGGAGAGCCGCAGAUGCGAGUUGGCCACGACAGGAUCAAGGUAAGUAUGAUACCAAACGUGUAGAACGGAUUUGUUCUGUGUAG